AUGGCGUCAGUGGUGAGAAGUGAGAUUAUUCUGACGUUUUACAUCAUUUCCUUCCUGAUUGGCUUUCCAGCCAAUCUGGUGGCUUUUUAUGCCUUCAGUGUCAAGAUCCACUGCAAGCCGCUCCCAACAGACAUCCUGCUUCUGAAUCUGACUGUSUCCGACCUGCUCUUCUUGAUCAUCCUUCCUCUCAAGAUGCACGAGGCAGCAUCGGGGAUGCAGUGGAAUCUGCCCAACUUCGUGUGCUCCAUCACCUCCUUUACCUUUUUCUCCACAAUAUACACCAGCUCCUURCUGCUGAUGGCCGUCGCCGUGGUCCGCUACGUAGGAGUGGCCUUUCCUGUUACCUAUAAGUUAUUGCAAAAACCUGURUAUCCGAUCGUCAUCAGUGCUGYUAUUUGGUUGAUCUCAAUGGGACACUGCAGCAUCACUUUCAUCAUCCAGCAUCAUCCAUCUCUCUCCAGCAAAAACUCUUCUAUCUGCUAUGAGAAUUUUACACAGAAGCAGCUGAAGGUUCUCCUCCCAGUGCGUUUGGAGUUUUUCUUUGUGAUCUGCCUUAUACCUCUUAUAAUUUCCACUUUCUGCUACCUGCGCUUGAUUUUUAUUCUGUACAGCCGUCCCAGGAUAUCCUGGAUGCAGAAGAGGAAGGCUGUCGGCAUGGCCUUGGGGACUCUUGCUGUGUUCCUCAUUUGUGUUCUGCCAUACAAUUUCUCUCAUUUACUGGGUUUCUUCCAGGGUAAGAGCCCUGAAUGGAGGAUCAAGAUGAAUUUAUUSGUGAAAAGUCAGAUUAUUCUGACGGUUUACAUAAUUUCCUUCCUGAUUGGCCUUCCUGCCAAUCUGGUGGCUCUGUAUGCUUUCAGCAUCAAAAUCCACCACAGUCCUCUCCCAACAGACAUCCUGCUUCUGAAUCURACUGUGUCCGACCUGCUCUUCUUGAUCAUCCUUCCUCUCAAGAUGCACGAGGCAGCAUCGGGGAUGCAGUGGAAUCUGUCAGACCUCAUGUGCUCCAUCACCUCCUUUACCUUUUUCUCCACAAUCCACACCAGCUCCUUGCUGCUGAUGGCAAUCGCUGUGGUCCGCUACGUCGGAGCAGCAUUUCCUGUAAUCUACCAACACCUCAAGAAACCUGUGUAUCCGAUCGUCAUCAGUGCUGCUAUUUGGCUGAUCUCAAUGGGACACUGCAGCAUCACAUUCAUCAUCCAACAUCACCCCUCCUUGUCCAGCUCUGACUCCUCUAUGUGCUAUGAAAACUUCACAGAGAAGCAGCUGGAGCCCAGUGUGGAGAUACUACACUUUGCUGCUCAGCACGUUGAAYACYUGUAUUGA